AUGACUUCUGAUAGGAGGAAAGUCUUAUUAAUGGGUAGAGCUGGUGCUGGUAAAACAUCUAUGAGAAGUAUCAUUUUUGCAAAUUAUUUACCAAGAGAUACUAGUAGACUUACAGCUACAAAUAAUAUUGAACAUUCUCAUUUAAGAUUUUUUGGAAAUCUCGUUUUAAGCUUAUGGGAUUGUGGUGGACAAGAUAUUUUUAUGGAAAACUAUUUUGAAAGUCAAAGAGAACAUAUAUUUAGAAGUACAGAAGUAAUGAUUUAUGUACUAGAAGUUAGAAAAAUUAAUCAAUCAUCAUCUAAACAAAUAAUGAAAGAUUUAGAACAAGAUUUCCUUUAUUUUAGAAAUACAAUUAAUAAUUUAAAAGCUUUAUCACCUGAAGCAAGGUUAUUUUGUUUAAUACAUAAAAUGGAUAUUUUAUCUAUAUAUGAAAGGGAAACUGUUUUACAGUAUUAUGAAAAUGAAAUAAGUAAAUUUUCAAACCAAUUAUCUUAUAGAAUAUUUCCAACAACUAUUUGGGAUGAAACUCUAUUUGCUGCAUGGAGUGAGAUUGUAUAUGCACUUAUACCAAAUGUUGAACUUCUUGAAAAAAAUCUACAAAUAUUAGCUAAUGUAUGUAAUGCUCAAGAAUUAGUUAUUUUUGAAAAAUCAACAUUUCUUGUUAUAUCACAUGCAAGUAAUUCAUCACUUUCAAUAGAAGAUAAAACAAGAUUUGAAAGGAUAUCUAAUAUAUGUAAACAAUUUAAAUUAACUUGUGCAAAAUCUCAAACAAGUUUUAUAGGUCUUUCUUUACAUACUCCUAAAUUUUCAAGUUAUAUUGAAAGAUUUACUCAAAAUUCUUAUAUUCUUGUUGUAAUUAAAGGAAUUGAUACUACACCAUCAGCAACAUUAUAUAAUAUUGAUUAUGCAAGAGAUCAUUUUGAAGCUAUUAUUGCAUCUCAUUUAGAUAUUGAUUCAACUGGAUAA